AUGUUCCAACGUUUCAAAAGCGCCAUCGAUCGGACCAUUGCCGAGGAACAAGCCCGCCAGCAGACAGCCACCCAGUCGAGAAGCCCCUCUAGAACAGGCUCGACGUCGUCGCGCAAAGGCGAUGCCACACCGGGUCAGCGCGAGAAGUCCCGAAAGCAAGCUUCCGAUGUAGGCGACGCCCCCAACCCAGAUCCUGCUGUAUUUGAGGCCGCUUUCGUGAUUGAUGAUAGUGACGAACCGAGUCGAGCUGCUACCCCAUUGCCUCCUGCUGGUGCCGAUGCCGACAAUACCAAUGGUCAAGAAAACGUGUUAGAAGGCAAGACUCCGGAAGGUCAGGGAGUCAAAGACGAAGCCAGUAUGGACAAGGGUCAAGAUGGUGUCACCGAUGCUCCAGCAACUAAACCACAGGCACCGAAGCCUCAGGAGUUGAGCCCUGAGAUUCGACAGAAGUUGCGCAAGUUGGAAAAGCUCGAGGCGACAUAUCCUGAACUGCUUCGCUCCUACCGUGUUGCCCAUAGACGUGCCACGGCAAUCGAGCCGUUCGAGAAAGCCCUUCGCGAGAACACACCCUUGACUUCUAUCAGUGAUCCCGAUGCCCUUGUAGAAUACCUCAACCAAGUGAACCUCCGGAGUGACAUGGUGAUGCAGGAACUGAAGAAGGUAUCGACAGAUAAGGAGGAACUGCAGAAAAAGUAUAACGAAGCCGAAGAAAGGGCAAAAAAGCUGGAAGAAGAGCUAGCGACAGCGAAAUCUGCAAGCGCUGAUCAACCAAAGACGGGUGAUUUGGAGACUUCUCAGGAUGCCCAGAACGAUAAGAGUAAAGACACUUCCACAGAGGAGCCCGAAAAAUCGAAAUCCCCUGUGUCCUCUGUCAUGGGCAUGUUCUCACCCAAGCACAAGCCUCAAAAGCCACUCAGCGAGGUCGCCGAAACAAAGGGGUCUAACGAGGAGUUCUUUUCUUACGACGAUGAGAUCCCCCAGCUUCAGGCUGAUGUUGCGUCAAAGUCCGAAGAGAUUGAGAAACUUAAGUCUAAAGUCGAUGACCUCCAGAAGGAGCUCACUACAGCCAGAGAGACUAGUACUGGUUUAGUUGAAAGCCUGGAGAGUGCUACUAGAGAGCUGAGCGAGACUCGCGACGCUGCUACGGUAAAGGAAUCGUUACAGGCCCAGCUUGAUGACCGCAACAAGGAGAUCACAAACCUCAAUCAACGACUGGAGGAGGCACAGGCGCAACUCAAACAGCUAGAAGAGGACAAGAAUGCGCAUACAGUCAAGGUUGACGAACUCAAGGUUUCAAUCGCAUCGUCAGAUAAGCGCGCAAGCCAGCUUGACGCAGAGUUGGCCAAGGCUUCUAACGCAAAAACCAUUUCCAAGAAGCUGAUCGAUGACCUCAACAACCAGAUUGACACCUUGAAGAAGGAAAGGUCCGAUAGCGAGAGCAAGAUUACCGAUUUGACCAAGAAAUUAGAAUCCAAGCCCACGCCCGAAACGACUACAUCUGCCGCAACACCAACGCCUACAGUUUCGCAACCCACGGCGGCCUCUGCGACAGCUGCCAGUGGCGGCGGUAAGAAGAAGAACAACAAGAAGAAGAAGGGCAAGGGCGGUGCCGGUGGUGCCGCAGCACCCUCUCAGGCUCCAGCAGCAGGAGGUCCCGUGGAAACUCUUGAGCCAGCAACUACUUCUGACGCCGCUGGAAAUGCCGAGCUAGAGGCUGAGAUUGCUAGACUCAAGGAAGAGGUUGUUGAAAAGGACAUGCAAAUCGAUCGUCUUAGCAAGAAGCGUAAGACUGAGGAAGAUUUACGGGAGGAGAUCGAGUCACUGCAAGAGAACCUUCUCAUGAUUGGCCAAGAUCAUGUUGAGGCCAAGGACAAGAUUAAGGAUCUCGAAGCUGAGAAGUUGGAAUUAAGGGCGCAGAUUACUGAUCUAGAAAUGAAGAUCAGUUCAUCCACAUCAGACGCCGAGGCUGGCUCCAAGCUGCAGAGCGAAAUGGACUCCAUCAGGACAGAAUACAACGAUCUUAAGGAGAAGACGUCUACUCUGCAAGCUGAUCUUGGUGCCGCGCAACAAUUGGCUCAAAACCGGUUCAAGGACCUGACAGAAUUACGUGAGGUACUACAAAAGGCGCAGCCAGAGUUGAAGAGCCUACGCCAGGAAUCCGCUACGUUGAAGACGACGAAAGAAGAGCUCGCCAACAAGACUAAGGAGCUCAGAGAUAUGGAGAAACGAGAGAAGGACCUAAAGCGGGAUGUGGAACGUGCUCAGAAGCUAUCCUCCGAUCGCGAGACUGAGAUCAAGAGUCUACAGGAGAAGCUGACUGUCGAGACCAACGCUAAGCUUCGCCUCGAGGAUGCUCAGCGAGUUUCCGGACGAGACCUUCGUCGAAGCGAGGCCGAGAAGGCUGAAGUUGGUGCAAGGGCUGACAAGGCGGAGCAGGAGCUUCAGGCAGUGCAGGAGGAACUCGGCAAACUGCGACCCAAGGUAAAGGAGCUUGAAGAGCAAAUGCACAAACUGAAGCGAGAGAAAACAGCAGCGCAGGAGGAGGUGGACUUCAAGACGCAGCAAUACAGCAAUGCCCAAGGUUUAUUGAGCAGCAUGCGAGACCAGACGGCCGAGAUGUCACUACAACUGAAGGAAUCCAAAUCCCAAGCCGAGUCGUUGGAGGAGGAGUUGGCUGAAGUUCAGCGCUUGCUUCAGGAGCGGACACGCGAGGGCGAAACAAUGCGACGGCUCUUGGCGGACGUUGACGAACGCGCCGACAACAAGGUACGAGAUAUGAGGGUACGAAUGGAAGCUGCAGUCGAAGAGCGAGAUCGAAUCGAGGAUGAGUCGGCCACCCUUGCACGGCGCAAAACACGAGAGACGGAAGAUUUGAAACAGAAGCUGAAGGACCUCGAACGCGAGGUCAAGACUUUGACUCAUGAGCGAGAUGAGCUUGAGCAACGCGAAAAGGAGUGGCGCAAACGAAGGGAAGAGCUCGAGUCAGUCGAAGAAAAGGCUGAGGCAGAAGCCGACGAGCUCCGAACAACGGCGUUACAGCUCCGAACAGCCUUAGAUGCAUCAGAGAAGCAAGUCCGCGAUGUGGAGAAGCAGCGAGCAGAACUUCGACGCAUGCUGGAAGAGUCGAGGCAACGUUAUGAGAAGUUAUCCAAGGAUCUCAAGGCAGCGCAGACCAAACUCGUAGCUAGUUCGAGCCGUAGUUCGUUUGAUUCGGUACGAAGCGGAAGCAAUGGUUCACCAGCUGGAGCCCCGGAUACUGUCUACCUCAAGACAAUCCUGCUACAAUUCUUGGAGCAAAAGGACACCAAACUAAGAGCGCAGCUUGUACCAGUGCUUGGCAAGUUGUUGCGCUUCGACAAGAUGGACGAGCAGAAGUGGCAGAAAGCUGUACAACAUAUUGAGGUUAAAUAG